GCAUUGUGAGCUGCACAAAAUGGCGUUAUUAACUCAGUUUGGCCCAAAAUGCACGUACGACAUGUUAGCACGACAGCGACGAACUGUUUUUGAUUUGUUUACUGGCAUUAGCUUAUAGUUACCUACUCGAUUCAAGUCCGUAAUUGAUAACUUAUUGAGCAAAAUGUUCCGAAAUGUGGCUCAAAAAUUAGAUGUUAAGUUAAAACAUAACAUGGAAUUUAAUUUAAAGCUUGUUAAGUUAGUGCAACAGAAAUCUUCGCUUUACGUCCACGAACCCAUGCGCACCAAUCAACUUCAAACAUGGGAAGAAAUCGCCAAAAUCUUGGGUGUGUCCUGCAGAUACGCACAAGCCCACUGGCGGUGGCUCCGCGUGAAAUAUGCCCAAUUCGUCAAACUUCGGAAACCGGACCACCCAGCUCAGAUCGAGUCGCACAUGCACUUUCUGAGGCCACAUUUGCGUAUUCAGAGUCGAACACUCGCUCCGCCGCCGCCACCGGUGGCAGAAUGGAACCGGAAACCGUCUACGCCACUCGUGCCGAGAAACACACGAGUUGAAUGCUGCGCCCACCUCGGGUACGACCCGGGAGACCAGGAUGCCACGUUUCUGCUCAGCAUCCUGCCCCAUCUGAAGGUCAUGACCGGGCAGCAGCGAAGGCAGUUCAAGAUGGGCGCUGUGAAGCUGAGUGCGGAAAUGCUUGCAAGCUAGUGAUAUUUCAUGAAUUUUAAUAUAAAAAAUAUAAAUAAAUAAGGUGAA